AUUAUUUUGGUUGUCCCUGACAAGUAGGCUGGAACCAGAGUUCAAGACGCAGAUACAAAAAGAAGAAAUUCCUCAAUUCAUUAUCCUGCCCCUCAACCAAAUCCCUUCCCCCAUCCGAACCUCCUACAAAAUAAAUUAAAAACGUAGCAUAUUCCUUUUUUUUUAUUCAUAAAACUCCAUCUCUCUCUAAUUGCUUCGAUUUUGAGUGUUGACCUAUCUAAGGUUGCCGGGAAGCGGCCGUAUCUCGCCAAAAUUUUUAUUUAUUAUCUUUUUAUUGUUUUCCUUUGCGGUUCUUUAAAAAUAGCCCCUAUCUUUCAAUCUUCUUAAAUUCGUGUUUUCACUUCUUUCCUUUUCCUGGUAAACAUGUUUUUCUUUCCCGGAAGAAGGAAAAUUUCCCCUUAAUAUCCUUCCUCCAUUAGGUUUCUCCAUCUCGAUUCUGGAAAACCAUGACGAUUCUGUAUAACCCAUUUUUUCUCUUGUUGAUAGCUUUCAUUUCCCUGUUUCUUUUCCGGGUUGUUUUGAUCAAGACCGGGCUGAUUUAUAUUGUUAAGAAAAAGUGGUGUUUCAUCCAAGAUUGCUUCCAUGUCUACCAAUUCUUCAAAGUCUCAGAAUUCAACGAAAGCAUGCAAAGGAACCAACUUUAUCACAAAGUUUUGGUUUAUCUAAAUUCUCUCACUUCCAUUGAAGAUUCGGAUUUCACCAAUCUCUUCACCGGUAAAAAGCCUAAUGAAAUCGUCCUCCGUCUCGACCGCAACCAGGUAAUCGAGGAUGAUUUUUUGGGUGCCAAGAUUUUUUGGAUUAACGAAGACAAAACUUUGGUGUUGAAGAUUCGAAAAGCCGAUAAACGAAGAGUUCUCCGGCCUUAUCUCCAACAUAUCCACACGGUUUUCGAUGAACUUGAUGAGAAAAAACGAGACUUGAAGCUUUACAUGAACGUCCGUCAUCAUCACGAUGAUCAGAACGGACGGUGGAGAUCUGUUCCUUUCACGCAUCCUUCAACGUUUGAAACAAUAGCUAUGGAAUCUGACCUUAAAAGCAAAGUCAAAUCUGAUCUCGACUCUUUUCUCAAAGCCAAACAGUAUUAUCAUAGGCUGGGUCGUGUUUGGAAACGGAGCUAUCUCCUCUACGGCCCUUCAGGUACCGGAAAAUCAAGCUUUGUCGCGGCUAUGGCUAAUUUCUUGUGUUACGAUGUUUACGACAUUGACUUGUCCAAAGUUUCGGAUGAUUCCGACCUUAAAUUCCUCUUGUUACAAAGCACGACCAAGUCCGUGAUUGUCAUCGAGGAUCUGGACCGGUAUUUGGCCGAUAGAUCAACGGCCGUGAGUUUAUCAGGAAUUUUAAAUUUUAUGGAUGGGAUUUUAAGCUCCAGCUGCGGCGAAGAAAGAGUCAUGGUCUUCACAAUGAACGGCAAAGAUAACGUUGACCCGGCGAUUCUUAGACCGGGAAGAAUUGAUGUUCAUAUACAUUUUCCUUUAUGUGAUUUUACGGCUUUCAAAACGCUGGCCAAUAGUUACCUGGGGCUCAAGGAUCAUAAGCUGUUCCCGCAGGUAGAGGAGAUUUUCCAAAACGGGGCAAGUUUAAGCCCGGCUGAGAUUGGGGAGUUAAUGAUCGCGAACCGGAAUUCGCCGAGCCGGGCUUUGAAGUCGGUUAUCAACGCUUUGCAAACGGACGGUGAUGGGAGGGGAGCUUUGAACAUCGGACGGCGGUUGGGUGAGAAUGGGUCGAGGAAAUCGGUUGAGGAAAUUGGUGAACCGAGCGGGGUUUUUUGUAAGGAAGGUGGUGCCCAUGCAGUUAGGGAGUUUAAGAAAUGGUACGGUUUGUUGAGGGUAAAAAGUAGUAGGAAAUCUCAGUCGUUCGAUCUUAGUAGCGGGCAAAAGGAGGGCUGAUGAUGAACUCUGAUCACACUGGACCGGAAGCUUAGCUUGUAGUAUUGGUGAAUUUUCAGCUAGAUUUUUUUACUCUUAAUAGCAGAAUUAGAAUUUGAUUCUGAUAAAUGUUGUAGGAGUAUAUUCUCUUACCCCAUUUUGUUACUUUUAUAGUAGCUUUUUUAAUUGCCUCCAAACAUGUACAUAAUAGCAUUAGAUUGAUGAUAUUUUUGUACUUUGAAAGGAAAUGCAUUCAAUCUCACUUCCAAGCAACUUUGGGCCUAA